CGUCGAGAAUUUUCCCGGAAACUUAACCCAACGAAAAGGAAAAUGUCCGCUACUACCAAGUCAUCGUCUUUUACCAGUGAGAAUUCGACCCGACCCUUCCCUUUAUCUCUCAGAUUGUUUUCUUUUUUUCCGUUAUUUUCUUACGAGAUUCUUCUUUCUUCUUCUGUCCAUUUUCCUUCUUCUCUUUCUUGGAAAAUCCCCUGUUCAAAUGAAAAACUUCGACUUUGUUUCCCGAUUUUUGAAAGCUGAACGAGUUCUCUGAGGUCGGAAUCUGCGUUUAGUGAAGCUGAAGUUCAGAUUCAGGGUUCACGCAGUUUGUGAUUACCCAUUUUGCUUCGGAGGAUUUCAGGAUUUCUCGUGACAGAUCAAAUGGCUGCUGUUUUGAGGAAGUUAUUACCUUUUGCAUCAUCAAGUCCUAGAAGGGGUCAUGACAGUGACGAUAGUGAUGAAACUGGUAAUAGCUUUCGGAUUGAUUAUUCAUUUGCUAUAGAGUAUAAAGGCCCCCCAAUUGCUAAUAUCCCCCGAGCGGCUCCCGUAGAGGUUGAUCAGAUCCCUGUUGCUCAACCGGUUUCUUUUUCUUCCCCAUUGAAUGAUGUUCAAGUUCCAAUUAUUCCGCCCAUUGUUAAGGCGAAAAGGGUUGGCAAAAGACCAUCAAAAGGCGAUGAAUUUGGACCCGGGCAUAGCGGUUUAGGUGAUCCGGGACCUGAAUCCAGUGUAGUUUUGAAGGGUCAUCAUGUAGUUUCAGGAUCAUCAUCUUCCUCCUCGCCAUCAUUGCCAUCUUCAUUAGUAAUGGCUGAUGUUUCGGGCUCUCCUAGUUGUGAUGUGAAUGAUCAUAACGUAUUAGACGACACAAAAAGUUCGGGUGAUUUACCUUCAUCAUCUUUGUCGUCAUCGUCGGGGAGGGUGGGUUUAUCGGGUUCUGCUAGUUGGGAGAGUAAUCACAGGUUACCUGAUGAUACAAAGAGUUUAGGUGAUGAAAGAGCUUCUGAUGCUCUCGAUGAUAUAACUAGAUUGCGUGAAAGUUUUAAAAGGACUCGGUCAUCGGAUAACUACGAUGAAGGGGGAGGGCUACAUGAUGAUAGGGAUUCAAGUUCGUCCGAGGAAUUAUCUGGUGAAGAGGAGAAUGUCGAAGCUGUAAAUAGUGGCCAUGGUGCAAGAGCAUCUGUUACUUUUGUCGAACCCCAUAUGAGUAGUGCGACCGAUGAAGGGUAUGACCUUUCUGAUGCUGAAAGUUUCCGUGCAACACCAAAGGCUGAAAGGAGAGGUAAAAAAGGGACAUGCUACCGAUGCCUAUUGGGGAACCGGUUUACUGAGAAGGAGGUUUGCAUUGUCUGUGAUGCCAAGUAUUGUUUCAAUUGUGUGCGUAGAGCGAUGGGUUCAAUGCCCGAAGGAAGAAAAUGUAUCACUUGCACUGGUAGAAGGAUUGAUGAAUCGAAGAGGGGGAGUUUGGGCAAGUGUUCAAGAAUGCUGAGGCGCCUUCUUACAGAUGCGGAACUUAACUGUCGACAUGCCGAGAUAUCAUGCAAGGCAAAUCAAUUGCCGUCACGGCUUAUUGUUGUCAAUUGCAUACCUCUAAGUGAAGAAGAACUAUUUAUGUUGCAGACAUGUCCAAAUCCACCGAAGAAACUAAAACCAGGAAGGUACUGGUAUGAUAAGGUCGCUGGAUAUUGGGGCAAGGAUGGAGAUAAACCUUGCCAGAUAAUAAGUCAUCAUAUGAACAUCGGGGGUAACAUAAAGAAGGACGCGAGCAACGGUGACUCAGAAAUAUUGAUUAAUAAUCGGGAGAUAACCAGCGCUGAACUCCGGAUGCUGAAGAUGGUCGGAGUGCAAUGUGAAGGGAAGCCACAUUUUUGGGUCAAUUCAGAUGGAUCUUAUAUGGAAGAAGGUCAGAAUCAUGUGAAAGGGAACAUUUGGGAAAAGAAACGAGCGAGGUUAGCAUGUGCCAUAUUGUCUCUGCCAAUUCCUCCGGCUCCUUCUGUAGUAGAACCAGCUUUACCAUCAUAUGAACAGAAACAUCUUCACAAGCUUCUCUUGAUUGGUAACGAGAAAUGUGGCACGAGUACCAUAUACAAACAGGCUAGGUCUCUCUAUAAUGUUCCAUUUUCUGAUGAUGAACGUGAGAAAAUUAAAUUCACAGUCCAGGUAAACCUCUAUUCCUAUCUGGCUAUGGUUUUAGAGGCUCAUGAACGAUUUGAAGAACAAAUGCUGGAAGAGAGUCAAGAGACGAUGAACAAUCAGUCUGCCGAACAAAAUGGACAAACCAGUGGCAAGGCAAUUAGCUCAAUAAGUCCGAGACUGAAGCAUUUCUCGGAUUGGCUUCUAAAAGAGAAGGAACAGGGGAAUCUUGACAUAUUUCCGGCAUCAAGUCGUGAGAAUGCCCAAACGGUUGCAAAUUUGUGGAGGGAUCCAGCCAUUCAAGCCACAUACAAAAGAAUCCGUGACACACUACCCCUAAAUGCCAUAUAUUUUCUCGAACGAAUUGUCGAGAUAUCAAAACCAGACUAUGACCCGUCGGAUAGAGACAUAUUGCAUGUUGAAGGGCUUGCUUCUUCUGUAGGCCUUUCGUGCGUGGAAUUCGCGUUCCCGGAAACAUCACAUGAAAGCUCCCUUGACCCAGAAUAUCAACAUGAUCCUAACACGAGGUAUGAACUCAUCCGGUUAAAUCCAAGAAGCCUGGGAGAAAACGGCAAGUUGCUGGAAAUGUUUGAAGAUGCAGACAUGGUGAUAUUCUGUGUCUCGCUUACAGAUUAUGACGAGUACAUUGAAGACAGUAACGGGGUUCUUGUGAACAAGAUGAUGGCUCACAAACAACUAUUUGAAAGCAUAGUGACCCACCCGUGCUUUGCAGAGAAAAAGUUCCUCCUAUUUCUCUCCAAGUUCGACCUCCUAGAACAGAAGAUCGAGCUCGCUCCUCUCAGAACCUGUGAAUGGUUCCAAGAUUUCAACCCAUUGAUCAGCCAGAACCAGAGCAGCAGGCAUAACCCUCCAAUGGCUCAACGUGCUUUCCACUACAUCGGGUUCAAGUUCAAGAGACUAUAUGAUUCUCUCGUGAGCCCUUAUUCUGGGCAUGGACGAAGCUACCAGCCCAAGCUGUUUGUUUCUCAAAUGACUCUGGAGAGUGAAACAGUGGAUGAUGCCUUGAGGUAUGCAAGGGAGAUCCUCAAGUGGCAUGUCGAAGAAACUUCCAUAUUUCAAGAGAUUUCAACCACUAGCCUCGAGGCCAGUUUAUCGUCUUGAAUCAUCCAUCCAUUCAUCGAGAUGGAGAAAACAGGUCUAAGCCUCUUGUCGUGGGAAUACAGUCUGUGUGGGUCUGUUGUGUAUGUAUUCAUGGUAUAGAUAGAGUUCAUGUGUUUAGGGUAGGAGAAGAUUUCAGUUGAAACCCCAAAAUGAGUCAAUCUGGUGUAACACAAAACAUGCUUGUUCACAUCUCUUGUUUUAUAUGUACAUCACUUUCUUUCUGUC